AAUUAUAAUUAAUAAAUAUGUACAGUAGAUAUGAUAAUUUGCUAUUUAAUUACGAGACCACAUAUAGAACAGAUUUUCGUGACGGUGAAAUUAAAAAAACAUUCGAAACUGUCUAUAAAACACAACCCAAGUGCUUCAGAAUUAGGCCCCCGCCUUUAAAAUAUAUUCACACUCUAUCAGAGUGGAAACAACCUGGUAUUCCAAUAGAAUUAUAUAAUAAGCCAAAGGAGACUGUCCGGACUAACCCACACCAGAUUCAAGAGUAUUAUGAAAAACCUCCAGAUGUAGGCUGGGAGAACGCAGUGAAGACGCGACCUCGCCUUGUCAUGACGCCAGCUAUUAGUAUGGAUGACAUAGCUUCACCAGAGAAGCGAAAACUUCUAAUUAAAGAUGUGUAUGCAAGCUCAGCCCAUAGAUCGAUGCGAGAAGGAAUCCCAAAAUCAUCUGGAGUCUCCGUAUUAGCACCCUUAUCUGGUACACUAGCUCCGGCUAAUCCAAUAACGUUUCAAAAUUUACAAGCUCCGUUCGUUUCUCCUGAAUGGCGUAUGGAUUCAGUUUCGUGGGAUGGACGACAGCUGCGCUCCCACUGCGACCCGGAUAAGGAGUUUUAUCUCCCAAGAUCCUCAAAGUAGUACAAAUAUCCAUUACGUGCAUAUUUAUCAUAGUCUAGUUACUCCAAAUAACCUGCAUCUAGAAGCAACACCCAUAAGGUGAGUGUAACGAAUGACGUCACGAGAGCUUGAAAUGAAGAAAAUAAAUAAAAACACGUUUACUUUUUCGACUUUAUUGAAAAUCAUUUUCGUAAAAACAGUCGGAAGCUGCUGUUCUACCAUAUUAUAAAUUAUAUAUUGUUAUUGCUUUGUGUUUUGUUACAAUUGUAUUUCGAUAAGUAUUUUUGUUUAUAAUAAA